CGAGUUAUCAGUCUUUUUUUUUUAGACGCCCCGUUUGCCCCAACGGGUUCUUUCUGUUUUUUCUCUUGUUCAUUCAGAAAUUCUUUCAGCAUUUCUGCUCUGUCCAGAUAUUCCACAAAUCGCUUACGAAUAGGGUCCUUCAAGCGAUCAUUCUUUUCGUAUUUAAUAGCUGUCAUAAAGUAUUCCAAUGCAUUUUGAUAAUGAUUGUACGCCUCUUUAUAGUUCCCCUUAUGAUCCUCUUCGGUUGCCUUUUUUACUAUUUCUAUCGCUUUCUGAAGGGAAGUUUUGUUUUAGCUUCAAGAAGCUCAAGUUUGUAUAGUAUAGUACGUUUAGCUCAAGCUUACUGCAAGAAAGUCAGAAUUUGACAUGUAAUCUACUUAUAACGUGGCGACAAUUUUAUUUGAAAAAAGGUUUUCUUGAAUUUCGUGAAUGAACGGGUGUUUUAUGCUUUAAAGAAAACGAAGAAAAAAGA